AUGGAGAAGGUGACUGUGGAGGAGGUCAUGACCACAACCGCAUAUCUGGACCUUUUCCUGCGCAGUGUCUCUGAGCCAGCACUACUUGAGAUCUUCCUCCGUUUCAUCCUGUUGCACCAGCAUGAGAACAUCCACAUAUUGGACACUCUUACGAGCCGAAUCAACACUCCGUUUCGGAUAGCACCUGCCCAGUGCACCCUCAGCUAUCUCAUGUGUACAUUGCUCGCAGUUGCCCAGAUCAACUGGGGGCAGGAGGUGAACCCUCUGUGCCAACAGAGUGUCUAUUUCUAUAUCUGGCCCGUGAGUCAGCCGCUCCCCGAGGUGUUCUCUCCGUCGGCCUGCAUUGUGGAGUAUGGGAAAGCCCUGGACAUCAGCUACCUGCAGUACCUCUGGGAGGCCCACACCAACAUCCUCCGCUGCAUGAGGGACUGCCGCGUCUGGUCCGCCCUCUACGACGGAGAGUCCCCCGACCACGAGACUAUUCUGCAGAGCCUAUCCGAGGAAGGCAGUAGGAACUCAGCCUGCCGUGCGUUGAGGCUCCAGCAUCCAUUCUCCAGUAAGAUGGGGUCUCAAUUGGCUUCCAGAAAGGAGAAAAGCCAGACAGAGCUGGAGUGGGAUGACAGCUACGACACCGGGAUCUCCUCGGGGGCUGAAGUGACCUCCCCUGGGCCUUAUGAGGCUAUGGAGAAUUCAAGCCCCCCGGCACCCAUCGAUCCCCCCAAACACAUCCAAGAGAUGAAGAAGAAUGCCAUCCUGCUCUUCAAAGGGUCCUACAUCGAAGAGUCAGACUUCCAGGAUGAUGUUAUGGUGUACAGGUUGUGUGCUGAGAAGGACUGUGAUGACACCAGAAAUUCACAGGAGGAGACUGGAGGGGCACCAGCGGAAGCCCAGACUGAGGAUCAGAGUGCGCGCAUGAACAACGGCCCCCUUCCCAGCCCCCAGCCAGAAACCGGUUCAGGGGAGGAACAUAAUAGUGAUAACAUGGACUUGUUUCAAACUGUGUCCAUGGAAACAACACAAGAGAAUGAGCCUGAAGUAGUGGCCCCAGAGUCAAACUCGGAGUUAACGCCCCCUGUCUCUGAGACAGAGCACAGUUCAAGUCUGACUGUUGCUAACCCAGAGAGUGAAGAUUUCAUUGCUCAGUGUGACCAGAUCAUUAAAGAACUGGAUUCUGGUGCAGAGGGCUUGAGAGAACAGAAUUUCCCCACCCCUGAACCUUUGCUUCUCAAAAAGGAGGAAGAGAGGAAGGAAGAAGAGAGCAAAAAAGAAAAGGAAGAGGAAGAGGAGCUGGGGAAGAAGCCAUUGGAUGAGGACGAGGAGGACUUUGACUCUUUCAUGGCAGAAACUCCUGCUGUUGAGACCGUUCCUUCCCCGUUUGGGGCAAGAGAUGAGACUGCCUUUGCCAGUCACCAAGUGAGGACUCAGAGCACCCCGUUCACAGGCCCAUUCAUCAGCGUGGUCCUGUCAAAGCUGGAGAACAUGCUGGAGAAUUCUUUGCACGUUAAUUUGCUGCUUAUUGGGAUCAUCACUCAGUUAGCCAGCUACCCCCAGCCACUCCUUCGCUCUUUUCUGCUCAACACCAACAUGGUCUUCCAGCCAAGUGUACGCUCUCUCUAUCAGGUCCUUGCAUCUGUGAAAAACAAAAUCGAACAGUUUGCUUCCAUGGAGAGAGAUUUCCCAGGACUCCUCUUACAAGCCCAGCAAUACCUGCUUUUCCGAGUGGACAUGUCCGAUACGGCUCCUGAGUCACUAACCAAAGAUCCCAUUCAGGAUGCUGCCUGGACAGGAACUGGUAGGAACCUUUUGGAUGGUCCCCCAAGAGUGCUUCAGCCCUUCCUGACCAACAGAGCCAAGGUGGCUGGGGCGCCCCCAAACCUGCCCCUCCCAGUGAGGAACACCAUGCUGGCCGCGGCCCUCUUCCCGGAGUUUCUGAAGGAGCUGGCCGCCCUAGCUCAGGAACACUCCAUUCUCUGCUACAAGGUCCUGGGUGACUUCGAGGACACCUGCUCUUAG